AUGAUUCCUGGUUACAUUCGUUACGUUAGAGAUGGCUUGACUAUGGAAAUAUUCAAGCUUCAUACAAUUUCAAAAUGUAAAGGGCUAGUCUCCAGAUUCAUUAGUGGUAACAUGUCGGCAAAGAGUAGCGCAGAAGAAGUUGGUCUGAGGCAUUUGAUCGAAAAACCUCAGUUCAUUAGAGAGACUCCUGUGGAUACGGUAUUUCAGCGACUUGAGAAUGAUAUACUGUCAAAAGUGGAUACACCAGUUGGCAUCCAAACACUGUAUGAAUCCGUUGGAGCUGCAAAUAAUGGGGCGUUUGUAGAAAUACUUUUGCAGUUUCUUUUGGAAAUACAUGAAGCUACCUGCCAAAUGCAACUUAAUGAUAUCGACGCAAUAAAGGAGAAUUUACUUCCGAUAUCUCUCCACGAUAUGAGACAAUUAGAAACAUUGAUUCUUCUUGUAAUAAUUCAAGGGAUUGACUCCAAUCUCCCCCCAGCGUUUCAGUUACCUCAUGACUUCAACUAUAUGGAAAAUACAGAAAAAUAUCAAUCAGUGUGUAUUGUACCCGCACAACACAAAUCAAAUACAGAUGUGUUACGAAACACCGUUAAAUCCUUAUACUCCAUCUUUGCCGCUCCAAAGAUAAAAAAUGACUAUAUCAGAUCUAUAUUGCUUAAUGGUCCCUUGUAUACUAGUGUCUUAGUGGCAAUAAUGAGUCUGUGUAUUUCAUCGUCAUCAUCCGCAGAAUGUGAUCUUUUUGACAAAUUUGAAGCUUUACAAGAUACUUAUGAAUUGUUUACCAUCUAUACUCGGUUAAUAAGGGAUUUGGAAGGUCAAGAAGUACAGGAUUUUGUUCUGGAUAAGUUGAGCACAUUAACUGUAAGAAGAGAUGAUGGCGUGCUAAGUCUCAUAGAUUUUAUUACAAGUGCAAGGGAAAACGAGCAGAUUGAUCUCGAAAAAGUAAACAGGGUGACUCAAAUUUUAGUACCAAAGCCCAAAUCAUUAACUCGUGUUACUUAUUUUUCCAAACUUUUCACUCAGAUAUACAGGGACCUGUCAAAGAUUGAUAAACCUAUUGUAAUCAGCUGUUUGAACAAUCUUAUCGCUACUUUUUACGCCAAAAACCCCAAAAUUGUAGUCGAUUUUCUAUUCAGAAAAAUAUAUGUGGUAUUAUUCAACCUUUCUCUGAAGGAUCAUAGUAGCACUGAACUCAAUAAUAUGAUAAAUGUACUAAUCUCUCUCACCAAAAAUCCUUCCGCUGAAUUGAUUCAAGCAUUGGUAGCCACUAACGAUACAAACUCUUUUUUCCUACAUCUCUGGGUCUACGCAUUGUUUUUAAGAAAGUAUCAAAAGCUUAAUCCCGCGAUCAGUAGUGAUGAGAGUAACAGAAAACAACAAGAUUCACCACCAUACUAUAAUGUAAUCCUGGCACUUUUGAAAAACUUCAUCAUCCUUACAGACCAUCGUGACGUAAUAAAUGUCAUCAGUUUAAAUUUGGUAAAUUUUCAGCACGACAAGUGGAAAUACUCUAUUGACUUUCAAACCCAAUUGCCUUACAUUAGCGUUGAUGGUAAUGGCCAUCAAAUCAAUGAGAUAGGUGUAUCUGGAACAAAACCAAAAAAAUUCGAGGGGAUUUUUCAUGACAUUGAUUUAGCAAUUGAAAUGCUUGUAAAAUUAUUAAAGAUGAUUAACAGUGAAGAUAUUACCAAAGACAUUUUCCUUGCAGUAUUGAGCCGAUGGGUGAAGAAGACAAGCUUGAAGGAAGAGAAUAAUACAAAUCAAGUACUUGUUGACGAUCCAGUUGAUAGCAUAUUAGUCCUGAUUGAUAUGAAGACGUUAGAGUCUCUAAACAAAGAGUUUGAAUCGGAUAUCAUUCGCAAACCUGGAGAUAUUCUAGUGAUGAUUACUGAGUUAAUGGAUUUUGUUGCACAACAACAAUUGGAGCAUGAAAAUGAGCAAGUAAAUUCGGAUGAUGAGGAUAUAGAUCUCGAAACACAAGGUGAUAAAACCAACCAUGAAUUUGAAAUCGUCUUGCAAUUGUUGAUUACAAUUUUACAAAACACAAAGAUUGACGAGCUUCUUCCAUUUAAGCAGCUACUAGCAAAGAUAGAUACCACGUUUGUCACAUCCCUUUAUGAUGCUAACGAUUACCUGCAUAAACGUAUAGUUGAAGUGGUACAGACAAAUGCUGAUGAUCUGGUGACUCUCGAUCCCGAUUCUGCUAGGGACCAAAUGCUUCUUGACCAUGCGCUUGACAACAUCAAUGAUGCGCUAGAGCCGAUUAAGGUACGUGGCUUGAAAGAAUUGAUGAAACUUUUCCGCCAAAGAUCAACGGUGAUCGAUAUUGAUCGCCUCUUUUCAUUUCAAAUGCAGUACCUGAAACACUCUGAUCCCUUCAUUUACCUUAAUGUCAUAAAGCAUAUAACGGAGUUGUGCCAGGCUGAACCAAAGAAAAUCCUUCCCGCUCUGCUCAAGAUCUACCUUAACAUUGACAAGAGAAACAAGCUAGAUGACAUACUAAAAGUUGGUGAAAUCAUGAUUAACUUCAUACAACGACAAAACGAGCUAUUCCAAGGUCCCACAGCAAAUUCUGUUGUCGACGCCUGUAUAGUGAUAGUCAGAGGUCAUAAAGAGUUGAAUGAAAAGAUUAGAAUGUCAGCUGUGUCGGUACUGGGAGUAUCAAUCAAAACCAAUCCUCGCGGGAUUCAAUCAAGCGUUCCGGACAUCUUGGACUGUGUGUUCGGAAUUCUGCAACUCGAAAGAGAAGACAAAUACGAUAAAAAUGCCUUUCUUGUGCGAAGGGCAGCUGUUCACCUCUUGCACGAUUUAAUCCAUAGCACGACAACUACUCUUUUGCCAGAACAGUACAACUAUACGAAAAUCAAAACUUUGCUGAGCUACAUCAAACAUACAGAUACAGAUCUCCUUGUUCGUGAACAGGCAAGAACCAUCAUAUCGGAACUAGAUGAAUUGUAUAUUUAG